CUAUCCGCACCCCUCCCCUCCACCGGUACGGCAUGCAGAUGGAGGUGAUAUUUAAAGUAGAAAGCAGUGCAGUCCACAGCUCCAAGCACACCUCCACGCUCGGGAGAACUCCGGGCUACGCCAAAGCCAGAGUUGUAUGCGGAUCCACCCCAAGCACUGUGCUCAUUUACUUUCCCCACUCCCCAACGGCUCGCGCGGCGGACUGGAGGUCUCCGAGGUGGAGCGGGCGACGGCGCAGGCGAAGGCGGACUGGAGGUCUCCGAGCGGGCGACGGCGCAGGCACGCAGGCGGAGCAGGCGAAGGCGGCGGGCCGGAUCCGCGACGGGCGGUCGUCGGCGCCACAUCCCUUCUCCGGGUUCGCGCGGAUCCACCCUGGAGAACCGACGCAAGCGGCGGCGGAGAGCAAGGAGGGAUUCGAGGCGCCGGCGGCCAGAUCCAGCGCGAGCUCCAAACUCUUCGGGUGGUUCUUCUUCCUCCGGGUCGCAUCGGCAUCGAGCAAGGCGCAGGAUGGAUGAUAACCAAAUGCAGGGCCCCUGGAAUGGAAACCAAGUGAACCAGCAUGACCCCAGCCACACCCCUCGUGCCACUACAACUCCUUUUCAGGGCCAAUGGCACCCAAGCCAGUUUAGCCAACCUGAGGGAAGGCAAAACCGAAGUGCAACUCCACCUCCUUUUCAGGGCCAAUGGCACCCAAGCCAGUUUAGCCAGCCUGAGGGAAGCCAAAACCAAAGUGGCACUGCACUCAAUUUUCAGGGCCAAUGGUGGCCAAGCCAAAAUAACCUGGCAGAAUGGAACCCUUACAUGCAUGGGUUCAUGUCCGGACCACAUGGUUACUUCCCCCAAAAUGCCAUGCACCCACCACCAAAUGCAGCUAUGCGACCAACACUGCCACCUCACUUAGACAAUUCAGGUGGAGAUGAUGAGGUUGUAGUUAUUACUAGUCCAGUAGGGGCCUCUAGGAGAAAGGAGAGGGGCAAAGUGAAACAGGCAAAUUUCACACCUAAAGAAGAUGUGAACCUAGUUAAGUCAUGGCUGGAGAUAAGUUGUGAUCCGGUCGUUAACACCGGGCAGAAGAAUGAAAAUUUUUGGGUACGUGUGAUUGAGCGGUAUGAUACACGGCGGGGGGACUUUCCUAUUAGAAAUGAUCGUUCUCUGCAAGGACGCUGGGACAAGAUAAGAGCUGCAUCGAGCAAAUUUGCUGGUUACUUGGCUGAGGCCCAUCGGGUGCACGCUAGCGGCACUUCAGACGCUGAUAAGACUACCAUGGCUGCUGCGACGUAUGCUGAUGUGGAAAAUACUAAUUUUCCAUACAUGCACUGCUGGGAGUUCUUGAAGGACGAGCCGAAAUGGCAAGACCUGAGGCCGUCGAAAGGGAAGCCUGUGGCACAAGAAGCUACUGCUGAUAACUUAACCCCAGGAGUGAUUCCAAUUGAUGUUGAGAGGGAGGAUUCAGCAAGGGGGCCGGCAGCAAAGAGGCCAAUUGGGAGGGAUGCGGCCAAUUCUAAAGGUAAAAAGAGUUGUUCGACAUCGUCAUCUUCAAAGUAUGCAUCGAGGAUGGAGGACCUGUCUUUGCAAAGAAUGAGUAUGUGGAGAGAUGAAAAUUCAAAGAAAGUUGAACGAUUCGACACCAUGAAUGAUAUUGAGUCGAAGAGGUUCGACAAGCAGUGUGAAUAUGAUGAUUUCAUGAAGAAGCUUGAGGUAGAGAAGGUUAAACUGCAGCGGGAAUCUGUGGAGCUCCAAAGAGUAAAGUCUGCGAGGCAGGAACUCAUGGAAGAUGAGCGCAUUCUGAAGAUUGACCUUGCUGCCUGUACUCCAGAGCUGCGGGUAUUUUACCGGUCUCGGCAUGCGGCGAUACUGAAGAAGUAUGCUGCAAAUGAAGGGGGUGAGGAGCCGGAUAACUGA